GUGUACCACUAAACAAUCUUCCAGUUUGUGUCAGACGAAGCUUGGAGAAAAUGGAGUGGAAAGCGAAUGACAAAUCCCACGUUCUGAUAUUUGGCCUUUCAUUCAAUUUACUUUUGACGCUAUGCUCACUUGGUUUCACGUGCUAUUCUUUCAAUAGAUUAGAUUCACGACUGACAACAGUUGAAGAGAAUCCAUUGCUUGAAAAUCCUCCUCAUCAGUUUGCUAACCAGGUGAUUACUAAGACAUCACAUGCUCAACCGCAUCGAAGUGGAUCACAAAUGAGGGACAAUUUCCGCCUUAGAAGAGCUUCCGAUGGUCAGUCCAUAUGCCACAAAUGUAGCAGCAUCUGUUCUUACCCCCAAGCUGUCCGGAAGAAUUUGACAGAAGAACAUAUCCCGCAAAAAGUAAUUUGUGUGAAUGGUCGUAAAGUACCACCAGGUCCACCUGGUCCUCCUGGUUUGCCCGGUGAACAAGGUGCUCGCGGCUCACCGGGAACGUCUGGCCCUAGAGGCCCGGAAGGACCGCGGGGCGCUCCUGGAAAAAAAGGGAAGAGGGGAAAGAAGGGAACAAAGGGCGUUGCUGGUCCGCAAGGAAAGCGGGGCACUAGAGGACCACCAGGACCACGGGGACCACCUGGACCCUCGGGAUCAUUAAAACCACCGGUAAACCCUGCGAAAUCGUCGCAACACGUCACAAAUUUUAGCAGUGGAGAUCUCUUAGAAUUACCACACUUCAUCACAAAGCCUCCAGCUUCUUUAACAAUCAAGGAGAAACAAAAUGUGAGAUUACCUUGUCAAGCGGGUGGGUUUCCUCCGCCAGUAGUUACAUGGUAUAGGAAUGGACAUCCGAUAAAAGACGUCGUUAGAAGGCAGUUUAAGGAACGCAACUUGGAAAUAAAGGAAAUUGUGUUCGAGGAACAUGGGACUUACACCUGUACAGCGGAGAAUUUGUUGGGCAGAACUGAGUUAUCAGUCAAUGUCACUGUGGAAGUUCCAACCAGGUUUAAAGCGAAACCAAAGAAAUCCGUCACCGCUUAUAAAACAUGGGACACUAUUAUCAAAUGUGACAUAUUUGGUUAUCCUUCUCCUGUAAUCACAUGGACAAGAUCCCUCAAGCAACUUCCCGUCAACAGGCAUGUUAUUGACGACAACCGGCUAAUAAUUAAGAACACAACAGAAAACGAUGACGGUGCUUAUGUGUGUCAAGGAACCAAUAAGUUGGGGAAUGUGAUGGCUGUUACAUGGGUCGUUGUUAAAGAUGUAGUGGAACCCUUCAUUGUUUCCAGUCCUCCCAGUGAAAUUCAUGUUCAGAAUGUUGGCGAUACUGUGAACUUAAACUGCUCCGCUAGUGGCGCGCCGCUGCCUCGAGUUGGGUGGCUCAAGAAUGGAAAACACGUUUAUUCUACAUCGGUGUUCAAUGGGCAAAAUCUGAUUACGAGUGAACUUGUUAUCCAUGGUUUCCAGCCAAGCGAUGUUGCGAUCUACAUAUGUACCUUCUAUAAUGAAAAGAAUGCGACAGCGGAAGCCAAUACAAGUUUGGCCUUAGUUAACUGUGGUUAUCCUGGUACUCCAUCAAACGGUCAGAUGCGAGGAGAACGAUACUGGACAGGUCAAUUCGUCUCGUUCAUUUGUGCUCCACAGUAUCAUCUCGUUGGUUCGGCUUCUAGGAUGUGUUUGCCAUCUGGCAAUUGGAGUGGUAUACAACCUUCAUGCCGAAGGGUGUGUCCCCAUCUACUACACUUGAAACACGGCUUUUCUACUGGCCAGGAGUUUUGGGAAGGGAAACGCGUUUUAUUUAAAUGCAAGCCUGGAUAUCGGCUCUUCGGACCAUCGGAAAUUUUCUGCACUGAAAAUGGAACCUGGACAGAAGCUCAGCCUAGAUGUAGUCAAGGAUUGCAAAUCUCAUCAUAUAUCCUGGGGAGCGAUGAAUUCCUCAUCAGUCACCUUAGUCGAUUCUUGGAGCCAGUGGCUGGUUCGCAUUCCAGAUGGUAUCUAUGUUGGCGCGCCUCCAUUCAUGGAUGGUCAGCAAGCAAUUUUCACAACAACUGCGACGGGAAGCCAUACACAGUUACGAUAAUUAGAAAGGGUCAGUACGUGUUUGGAGGAUACAGCGAAGUUUACUGGGGAUCCAGUGGUGGUUCGACUACCGAUCCCAGGGCUUUCAUUUUCUCUCUCGUCAACAAAGAAGGACUUGCACCAUUCAAAAGCAUGGUGAAAUAUCCAGCAAACGCAAUCAGAAGGAGCUUAAGUUAUGGUCCACGAUUUGGAUCGAGCGACAUUUACAUUAGCAAUAAUGCUAACAGUAACCGUAAUUCAUUUACAAACUUAGGGAACUCCUACGGGACACCAAGUGGAGUAAAAAGCAGAAGCACAAUCUUGGCUGGGACUCACCAAUUCUCGCCUGAUGAGGUGGAGGUAUUUUACCGUUACUGAGUCACACCACGACAUCUAGACCACGGAAUCCUCAUUAUCUGGACUCAUACAUUAAGGACCUCAUUUGUUUAGCUUGAAAAAUAAUCUCUUGGCUCAAUAAUUUAAGAACGCAACUUUAUGGGUUCAAUGCUUGUAAAAUAAAUGUUUUAUUUAAGUUGAUAAUUACCUCUUUGUGACGAUGAUAACCGCGUGAGUUGCGAGGAACAAUAGCGUGUUAUUCGUUCUUACCAUCCUGCCCUACGACAUGAGUUUGAUUCCUUUCUUCCUUAAAGACAGCGCUUUUUUUUUAAGUUGGAGCUAAUGAUAAGUCUAGAAAAACACCAAAUAUCUUUCUUAUUAACCUAAGGUUACACUCAAGUCACCCAAACUGCUGUGAAAAGUUGGAUCAUUUACCAACAAGUUCUAAACUUUCACGGCUGCAAAUAAAACAGCGUAUUUUUAAGCUGAAGGAUUAGACAGGAACAUGAAGUUAAUUAUCGUUAUCAGGUUACAUAUUGACUAUUGUGACUGCAAUUACAGUUGCAAGACGACAACUGCGGAUGAAAGCAUCAUUUUGAGAGGUUGAGAAUUCUGUACUAAAAACUGUGGAGGAAGGAGUUGCACUUCAAAAGGUACGCCAGUUUUCUUAAUUACUAUCAGGUUAAGACGCUUGAAGAACAAAAGCAUUUCAUCGUUAAUUCUUCAUUUCUUAGAGGCAAAAAGAAAACGUUUGCGAGAAAAAUGUGAUGGUUAAUCACCCGGAUGUGAAAAAAGCUAUGGUUCAAAGCGACUAGUUUUGUGUUUUAUGGUCCUUGCAUAUUAAUUUCCUCACUUUUCGCAGAGGACUAAGCUAUUAAAAUUCUCAUGAUAUAUCUAGUUCUCAAACCAACAGGAAUAAAAAUCUAUUUUUAAGUCGAUAACAUGAGCGCUAUUCCACUUUUAUUUGCAAUGAUUUGUUAAACUUGGACAAGAUAACGAGGAUUAUAUUUUGUGAUAACUUCAAUUUCAAGUUUUUAGGUAAGCAGAAUAGAACAGCAUUGACGGUUCGACACCGGUGACAAAAAGCGAUGAAUUUGAAAUUCUUGGGCAAAUAUUAAAAAAAACAAUAAAAAAUCUUUAAUGGCCUUUCUUUCGCUCGACCUCCAAUAAAAGGCAGUGAAAUAACUGCCUGAGUCUGGUUGUAGUAGUUUUGUUCCUUUAAUGUUGCGCAAGAGAGAAAUAAUCAAUAUUUAAGUUGAAAUUUGUUUCCAAGGUAGUUACUAUUAUACUUCUUGUUCCAAGCAGUGUCGGGAAAUAUUUCCUUGCAUUUCGCACAAAAGAGGUUUUUGACAAAAGUAAAGAUUGAUUUCUAAUACGUACUCAUGUCUUAUUAUCCAGCACUUUUUAAUGCCUAUUCAAUUUGAAAAUGAGAUGUCGCACGAAUUCUUUGGGCGAUGAAAUUCUCCCAUUAUAAAAUUUACAUAGACAAAGUUUUAUAAUCAAAUGUGUACUUUAUGAACAAGGAUGCUUCCUAAAAACAUCCUCUUUGAUCGUCAUCCACUGAAGGUGUGUUAUUUGCUUUAAAAAUAAUGAUGAUUGGGUUUACAAACUUGAGGCUUUUGAACUUUUUUUACUUUUCCCCGAAACUUUUGAGGUUUUGUGGUGUCUUGAAACAAACUAAUGGAAAAAACAUGGAUUCUGCCAGUGUGGAAGUUUGGUUUCUCUGAGUUCUCUUCGUGUAAAGUACCGGAGUUCUGUUUAAGGCCAUGGCCAGUAGCAACAUCUUUGAUAAAAGGAAUCGAUAGCGCCCAUGCAAGUCUCGGGAAGAGCAUAGUUAUGAGGUUCACUUUGGAUUAAUGAUUCGACGCAACUUUCCUUUCAAUUUUUGAUAAUAAAGCAAAGUCAACAAAUACUUUUUAGAGAAUUAAAUGGUAGAGAAUUAAUUUUAAAUUGGAGUAGGAAAGUACGUCUUUUCUGUCUUAGCAAUGGAAAUCUUCAAGACUUUUUUAUUCUAGAUACUAGUGUUUUUUUCUUCAAUCGCUUUUGGUGACCAAGGGGCACCUGCUCUAAAAUGUAAAUUUUUGCAUCGAGGGUUCUGGACUAAAAACUGAAUUUCCACAAUUUCUCAAUAUCUCAACUUUACAAUUUUCGAUCACGAGUCCGUAGUAAAAAAAAAAUAAAAAUUUCAAGAAUUUAUCUCUGACUCUAGUUUCAAAGCACAAAGGCUUUAUAUCGAGUAAAAGUAGCGACUUAGAACUUAUCACGUAAUGUGUGUUUCUUAAAUAUGCCACCAAACCUUGUUAAAAAAUUGGAUAGCGCUUACUUUGAGCAUGCAGAGGUUCUCUCACUUUGCCGCAAGCGAGUAUUCGCUCUGGCGUCCGAGCAUCAUUUUUCCGCCGGCAGCCAACUCAAAGCAGCAAUGGCUUAGGUAAGCCGAUGUGUGGAAACGAAGGCUAGUGAUGUAAUACACUCGGACCUACACGGAUUUACAUGUAUAUAUCUAGCGCGUAUUUAUAUAAUUAUUGUUGUAGUCUUUUCGGUUAAGAGUUAUAAUGUGUAACGGACGUUAAUAAAUGGUUUUCAACUUAACCGCGGUGCACUACAUUGGCCACGAGGAUUUUGGGGAUUUCGAGGUUUCGUUGAGGGUUGCAGAAGUUUCGCUCGGGAUUCCGUAGGUGAUUUCCCCAGGGAUCUAUUUCAGAGAUUCUGGGACGCUGUGGAUCAGGCGAAACUGACGCCACAAACGGUUUUGUUAGCAGUGCUGUAGGCCGUGCUAUUGGCAGUUCUGUUAGUGUGGUUCUGGAAUGGCUUCGGUUGCUUUAGUUGUCAAUGGAUUGGAACCAUUUAAUCCGAAGGGAGAGACACACAAUUUAAGUCAGCGGUGGAAAGUCAUUUUUUUUAGAAUGACCAUUGUGACUACACCCGUGGUUGCAAACCGAGAAAUGUUGAUUGAGAAGUCUUAUAUAUUAGUUGUUAAAUUCCUCUCUAAAAAUUCCUUGUAAGAAAAAAAAUGUCAUUACAAUGAUAGUUUGAUCGAUACAGUGUUCAAAUUGGGCGUAGUUUGGUCACGACUGCAGUCUCGGCGAACAAACUCUACGAUUUAUGGAGAUCUUGACCUUUGCAGUUCACGAAGAAACUGGGCAUAGUUUUGGUCACGACUGCAGUCGCAGCGAACAAACUCUACGAUUUAUGGAGAUCUUGGCCUUUGCAGUUCACGAAGAAACUAAAAACACGGAAUUGUGCUGAACUAUGGUUAGUCGUACGUGGGUUAAGUUCUCAUCUCUAGAAGGCUUUACUACAAUAUGGCAAUGCAUUAUAGUUAACUAUUUACCAGCACCUGUUUCGAACAGAGGUUCGACAUGUUUAACUGCCCCUUAGAGCUGAUAAUCAUUUCUUUGUGACGUUGCUUAGUGUAUGGGCCCUAGAGCACAAUUACGUGUUAGUACAGAUAAUCGCAUGGGGCCGAGUAAAAUUAAGGAUUAAUGUCACGCAU